UUUUCUCCAAACCGGAACGUUUCUCAGUUGCCCGUGUUUUCUGACGGAACACUAAAGAAGACGCACGCGGGAACAAUGUCGCGGCACCUUCGCUUCGUAGCUCGGACGGUGAUGGUCCAAGACGGCAACGUCGACGCGGCUUACAAGACUUUAAACAGGCUCCUGACUCAGGACGGGAUCAUUGACACGGUGAAGCGUAAGCGGUACUACGAGAAGCCCUGCCGAGAGCGACAGAGGAAGAACUUUGAGAACUGCAAGCGCAUUUAUAACACGGAAAUGGCCCGGAAGAUCGCCUUCGUCUCCAGGACCAGCAGAGAGGACCCCUGGCUCGGCUGCUAGAGGCUUCGGUUGAGGGAGAACUGUUGAUAAGA